UGUCAGGACUGAGAUUCCUUUGGGGAAAUGGAUUUCUUCUCCAUAUUCAUUAAUAUAAUAGAUUUAAUAGAACGCUAAUGCUUCGUCUGAAUAAGUUUUUCACAUUUACAAAUGAUACGAAAUACAUACACAAUUUACAAGACUUUGUACAAUCCUAUAAUUCUUCAGUGCAUGGGUCCAUAAACUGUCGACCAAAAGAUGUAAAGCCUUCCAAUCAAUUUAAUGUUUGGAUGAAGAGUUACGAGGAUUUGCAGAAGUCAAAGCCGUCUACUCCUAAAUUUCGAAUCGGACAGUAUGUUAGAAUUAAGAUUCAAAAAGCAACAUUCGAGAAAGGUUACGCUUCGACGUUCACCACUGACUUGUUCAAAAUUCGAGAAAUCGUAAACAGCAUACCUGUGACAUAUAAGUUAAGUGAUAAUACAGGGGAAAUAAUUUUAGGUGUAUUUUAUCCUGAGGAAUUAUCUCUCGUAAAAAUUUGAAAUUAGUUCCCGAAAAAGUUUCUCGGAAACCUCUGAAUUAUGAGGCUUAUAUAUAUUUUUUUUUAAUUAGCAUUUCCGAACCGGUUUUGAAAAUGAAAUAAGCAGCAAUAAAUAAACAUAAAAUACAUAAAAAAAAUAUCCGAAUAAAAAUAUAAAUAGAGGCAAUAGUAUUUAAGGAGAAAAUUUGCGAGUAUUAUCCGCAUUUGUUCGCUGAGUUCGAACCUAUUCACAAGUCUAUAAGAUGGAAAACAGUCUGAAGGACUUAGCCUCAGACGACGAAAAAAUUACAUCUGAACAAGUGCCUGAAGAUGCGCCUGUUUCUGCAAAUGAGCGACCCAAGCGUGGUAAGCCCGAUCUGGAUGGGAAAGCCGGUUCUUCGAGUAAACCGUCGACUGCUCAGAAACUCAAAAAGUUCAUCUGUAAAAGAAGGAAAAUCGAAAAAUCUUCACAAGCUCCGUUAGCAUCAGGUGUUGAAUUUUCAUCGUCUGGAACAUCUUCAUCGUCGGCAUCAUCUUCCGACAACGAAGGGGCUCAUGGAACAGACCUUACCGCAGUUUGUGAUCUCAUGGACCACCUUUUUCCAGAUCAUUUGCUAAAUGAUUGUAUCGUGUUUAAUAAGGGGUUCGGAGGAAAGUCUUACUUGCAAUGUACGACAAUCGGUGAAGAAAUUACCAUCACCAUUGGCGGAAAUUCGCUUUUUGAGUUCAUUUCAAUGAACAGAAGUCAGUUUGGCGAGUUUUUGAAAGUGUUGAAUGAAAUUAAAAUCGAGUGUCACAAUUUCUUCGAUUUGGACGGACCUUUAGACUUAACUACUAGACAAUAGGAUUUUAGUUAAAUAUGAAUAAAAUGUUUCCUGCACACACAAAAAUUGUUCAAUCUUAUUUAUUUCUAGGUGAUAACGACGGGAAACCUGACGGUAUCACUAACGCUCAAAAGGUCUUUUUCGCAGUAUUCGGAAUUUCACCUACACCAAAACCUGCCGGCACUAAUCAAAUCGGUUGGCCCGAUAGAGGAUUCGAACUUAGUGACCAGGGUGCAUUUGUGAGGAAAGACUAUUUUGUAAUGUGCACACUGAAAUAUUGGUAUACCGAAAUCCCGAAAAUUUUGAAAAGGAACUUUAAGAUCA